UUUUUUCAUAUAUUAAUCAGAGAGAAUCAUGAGAGAUCAUAAGGAAAGGUUUGUACUGCUUCCAUUUCCAAUGGGAUGUGGUACUGAGUCAAGCGUUGCAGUAGGCAAGUGUAAUCAGCCCAAGAAGCAGAAACACUCAUCACAGAAGAUUCUUCUUCCUCCAACAACAACAAGAAGCAACGAAGAAAAAGAGAUUCUCCAAAACAAAGAAGAAAAAGAGACCAAAUCAAGAGGAAAAGGGAAAAAGUUAAGGGCUUUCUUAGCUCUUCCAAAAUCUGGCCUCUCGAAAGGAGUCAAUAAAUUGAUGAAGCGGUUGGAAAAUAUUUCUAGGUUGCUUGUUGACAAUGAUGAAGAUGAGGAAAUUGAAAAAGAAAUGGAGAUAGGGUUGCCAACAGAUGUGAAGCAUGUUACACACAUAGGGUGGGAUGGAUCCACCACAAUCAACCCUAUCAAAGGAUGGGAAAAUCUGGAAGCUCCUGAAAUUCUAUCUUUACCAUCUAUUUCUCUAAAACAGUUUGAACUUGCUAUGGAAGCCCAAGCUGGUGCACCUAUUAGUACUGUUGGUAGCACAAACAUGAAAUAGAAUAUUAUCAAUUGCAAAAGAGAUGGAGAAGAAAGAAGGAUCCAUUAUGGUUGUUUGCUUAUAUUAGUUAGUGUUUUCAUUCAUGAUUGUAUGAAAGUUGGAGAAGAAGCAAACUUUAUCAGUGAUAGGAGAAAAUGAUGCUAGUCAUAAUGAUGAUGGUAGUUGAUUCAUUUCAGAGAUGCUCAGGUUUUAAAGAAUUUCUCAAGGAUUUCAAAUAUUAUCUCUCUCUCUCUCUCUCUCCCUCUGGUGGUGGAUAUCCUUUCUUAGA